CAAAGGACAAAACUACAAAUUUUUUUUUUUUGCUAACCGAGUAUCCUGGCCCCACCGAGGUGGUCCAGACUAGAGACCGAAGUGAGCAAGGACGCUGCCAGGGCGUCACCAUGUGGCUCACCGUGUAACGGUCUUCGGUCUCGGAUGCUGCAGCCCAUAUGUAAAUUUUGCAGUGGCCAAGGCUCGAACCCAGGGGCGGGCACUCCAGCUGGAGCUCCUAUACCACUAGACAAAACUACAAAUUACUACAAGGUCCUCUUUUACCAAUUAAAAGCUUAAUAUAACUUCUUCUUUUUGGAGAAAAAAGCUCAGUAUAACUUAUAACCUUUUUAUUCAAGAAUAAAUUGUUAAGCGGCAAGGACAAAAAACUUCAAAUGUAUUUUUUCCUCGGCGACAAAAAGAAAAUGUGUUUCUAUUUCUUUUACUGGAAAUUUAUAUUACUUAUUUUUGGUAAAGAGACUUAUACUAAUAUUCAAUUGUUAUUAGAUAGAACAAAGGGAGACAUGAAGCGUGCGAACACGACAAUACACAAAUAGUUUCAGAUCGGCUUCGGUCGGUUGGUCAUCUCUAUUUCUCUAUAUAUCAAUCGCCAACUCAUUAGCUUACACCAUUCAAUCUCUCAUAAUAUUUUGAACCCUUUCGUCUCCAUAUAUUUUUGUAACCAACAUUUAUUCGAUUAUAUUCAACUUCAACACAAGACUAAAAGAUGAGAACGCUUUGUCCUAAUUUUGACAGAGAAGACGGUUUAGAGACAGUGUUGGAAGUUCCGAUGCCGGAGGAGUUAUUUUGUUCCGAGAACAACAAGACUGGCUCUUGGAGAAGUGUCAAGACUAGUUUUCUCAGGUCAUCGCCGGAUAACAAUAGCAGCCUCUCCACUCUUUUCGGUGGCCAUGACGCUCAGAUUCAGAUGCUUCUUGGAAUCGUCGGAGCUCCGUUGAUCCCUCUUCCUUUCUCUUCCGAUCAUGAUGUUCUUGACCAUCCCAUGCCCAAACUCAUCAAAAAUCAAUCUAUCGAAGCAGCCAUGGCGAAGUACAUAGUAAAGCAAUACACUGCAGCAUCUGGAGGAGAUCUAGCAUUGGAUAGAGUAGAGAGUAUGUAUGCCAUGGGAAAGGUUAAAAUGGGAGUGACCGAGUUCUGUGCAGCGAAACCCCUAAUUGGAAAGAGGAAGAAGAAGAUGGUGAGGAUCAAAAAUCUCAACAACGGAAACGGAGGAGAGAUGGGCGGUUUCGUGUUAUGGAAGAAAGGAUCGAGACAAUGGAGUUUAGAGCUUGUGGUUUCCGGUUGUAAAGUCAGUGCUGGUUGUGAUGGUAACGUAGAUUGGAAGCAAAGUCCUUGGCUCGCACAUUCUAAUGAACCUUCUGGGCCUCUCAGAAGGUUUCUUCAAGGGCUUGAUCCUAAAACCACAGCAAAUAUGUUUGCUGGAUCGGUUUGCGUGGGAGAAAAGGUGGUUAACGAUGAAGAAUGCUUCGUGCUUAAGCUCGAGACACAGACUUCAGGGCUGAAAUCAAGAAGCAAGAACGGUAUGGAGACAGUAAAGCAUACCGUAUGGGGCUGUUUUAGUCAAAGAACAGGACUUUUGGUCCAGCUAGAGGACACUUAUCUCGUGCGGAUCAAGAUUGGUCUUGAUGAAGAAGAUGUGGUCCUAUGGGAAACUACUUCUGAGACAAUGAUCCAAGAUUAUAAGAGCGUUGAUGGGAUUCAGAUUGCUCACAGAGGAAAGACACAAGUAUCGUUAUUGAGGCUUGAUGAGAGCUUAGAGAGUCAUUCAAAGACUACAAUGGAAGAGAGUUGGGAGAUUGAAGAAGUGGGGUUUAAUGUGAAGGGUUUGUCUUCCGAUUUCUUCUUGCCUCCAGGUGACUUGUGUACCAAGGAAAAUGAAGAAAGUGGGUUUAACUUCGGAGAUUUUAGUAGUCCAAUGAUGAUUCCAUUGAAAGUUAGCAAAGAUUCGUGGAAACUCAAUUCCUCUAAAGUCACAGCUAUUGAAGAUUUUGAGGGAUAAAAGAUGAAGACGUUUCAAAAGGUUUUUCAGUUGUAAACUGAUCUUCAUAUUCUGUGUUUGUAAAUAUGUGAAAAGUUUAGGAGAAAAGUGCUUGUAUAUAAUAUUAUGAAGCAUAGCUAGCAAGCAAGCCUUUUUCCUUCAAUCUUGUUUAUGUAAUUUUACAUUUUUCCCUCUUAUCACUAGUUGAAUUUUACAAUAAAGAUUUGUUUUCUUGUCAUAAAACCUACCACUAGAUCUCUCUUAAAUGUCGAAGGUAUUUUAUGCUCGUCACAAAGAAAUUGUAGAAAUUUAGCAGCCAAUGAAUUGGGUUAAAGGCACAUAUUCAAGUAAGGUAAGUUGAAUUAAGGCCAGCUAUACCUUUUUGGGUUUUGCUAAUGCAUUAAAUUUUUUAACUUAUCUGGUUUGGCAGCAACGGGGAUUUAUAAUUUGGAUGCAGAUAUGGCCCAGAUAAUUAAGCGUCCAUAAGCAAAAAAAAAUUGUUGGCCUAUUAUCUUAUAAUGUAUGAAAAUACUAAAAAUGUAACUACCGAUUCCGAACUUUAUCCCCUAAAAUAUCUUAAUACUAGGGGUUAGCCCGCCCUACGGGCAGAUAAAUUUACAAUAAAAUUAUUUACAUUAAAAUGCAUUUUAAUUUUAUAAAAAAUUUAAAGUUACUUUAAAUUAAAUCUAAUAAAUAUAAUUUGUUUUCUAAGAUCAUAUUGUAAAUUUUAUUUUUUUACAUUUAACAUUUAACGUUGAAAAAUUGUUAUAAUUUGUUUUCUAAGAUCAUACUUUAUUUGUUAUUUGCGUUUUUAAAAAAUUGUAAGUUGGUAAUGCAAGUUUGCAUUUUGAAUUGAUAUGUGUGCACACAGCUCGGCCCAAUUCAAAGAGAAACUCCAAAAAUUAGCAGCAAAGAACAUGUACACGAUCUGUUGAGUGGGUUAAUGAGUGUUUUCUAAGAUCAUAUUUAAAAUGAAUUUAAGAUCACACUUUUAUUUUGCACACAUGAGUGAAUUAAUGAAGUAAAAGAUUGAAAAUAACAAAGGAAAAUAUUGAGAAUUUAAAAUGAAUAAACCUCUUCCAGCUUUGCUCAACAAUUAACAUCUCUAAUUGUAAAUAUAACAAAAUCAUAAAACAUAUCAAUCUAUUCUAUUAAAAGGGAAGCAGUCUUGAAAAAUCUACUUUUACAAGAUUACUGCACCAUUUCAUUUAACUAAUAGUAUAUUGGUCUACUUAUUAUUUCGCCUGCUAUCUAUGUUACCAUAUAUUACUCUAACCAUAAUUUAUUCUCUUUCCAUAUAUUACUCUAACCAUAAUUAAUUCUCUUUUAGUCCAUAUAAAAUCACAUAUGUUUUAGUCUAUAUAUAUAAAAUCAUACGUGUUUUAUAAACGGACAAAUUGGCUUAUAGUUUUCAAUUUCAGAUUGGACCUAUAUUAUUAAUGUUUCAAACGGACCUAUAUAACAUACGGACCUUAUACGAGUUUUAUAAACACAAUCUUAUAUAUUAAUGUUUCCUAAUACAGAAUGCUGCCAUGUGAAAAAAAAAGAGAAGAUGUAUAUAUCAAAAUGUCGUAGUUGGUAUAACUUAUAGUACACGAAAAAUAAAAAAAAAUGCUUCUUCAAUAUAUCAAUCUCAUUCAUAUUACAGUCAUGACAAUAUUAUUGAGUUAGAACACUAUAAGACUGGCCCGAUUAAACCACCUUAUUCAUCUCAAAAUCUAAUAUACAAACUAUCUAUACCACCUUAUUCAUCUCAAAAUCUAAUAUACAAGCUAUCUAUACCAAACCAAACCAUUUUUGCGUAUACUUGGUAUGAUUCAAACAGUCUUAUAAUGUUGGUAUAGCUAAAUAUUUGACAAAAAUUCAAAUUUUAAACUUUGCUAUGUUAUUGCUUAAAUUGCUACCAACUAUCUAAAAAAACUCAAUUUAAAUGUAUUGUGCAAAUCUUUUUGUUAACAAUAUAUUGUAGAUACAAUAUUCAAUAACAAAAUCCGGAAAUAUUUAUUGUAGAUACGAUAUUUAAUAACAAAAUCCGGAAAUAUUUAUAUUGCUUCGUCUACAAAUUUUAUUUAAUAUCAUAAUUAGUUAUUAUUUUCCUUAAUACUUACAGAAUUUUCGCUAACCUACUUUAAUUGGAUUAGCAUUAUCUUCUAAAAAUUAAAAAAAAGUAUAUUUUAAUUACAAUAUACUCGCAUAAUAUUCCUUAUUCCAUAAAGUAACAUAUUUUAUCAAAUCUUUAAAAUAUUGUGACCUACAUUUGCGUACCUCAUGAUAACAUAUAAAUCAUAAUCACUUUAAACUUUAAAAAUCUAUAUAAACACAAAAUAAUAAUCUAUGUAAACUUUGGUUUUAGCCGGAAAAAAAUCUGCGCUUUCUAAGCGCGGGUCAAAAUCUAGUUACAUAAUUAAAUGGACGAAACAGUUAGCAAUAUGGUAGCAGCCCAAAAAGGAGGCACACCACAAAGCAAGAUGAUUGGAAUAGUCCCUUCACUCCAAACAUCGAUUUCAUUUCCGUAACUUUGUCUUGAUACUUUAGGAUCAUCAUAGCACUUUCUAUUGUAUUCUUGUAAAUUAUCUGUAAGAAUAAUCAGAAGACUAUCAACUAAAAUAGCAUAACUUAUUUGACAAUGUAAUAUUUUAUUAAGCAAACAAUUAUGAACACUAAAACUCACAGAGCCACUAUGUACUAAAUGAGAUCAGAUUCAUAAGUUACAUAAUAGAGUGUCUACUGUCCACUACCAAAUUUCAAUCAGGUGAGGACAUCGUAUGAGCCUCCAACAAUCUGUUAAAGUUCCUACAACAUAACAGUUUUCUGUAUUUCUGUAUAUUCAAAUGAUUUUGGAUCAACUUACAGAGCAUUGUAUGCAUUGAGCUACACGUGCCUUUAAUAUAAAGCAGAGGUAUACGUUAACAUUCCACUGAUAAAUAAGAAACAUAAGGAGAAGGGAAUAUUUGGUGAUUACGUUAACAUUCCACUUUAAGGAAUAUUUGUUGUAUUAAUUUGGUGAUUAUGUUAAUCUAGCGAUUACAAACAGUAUGAUAAAAACUAAAAUUUCCAGUCAAUACACUGAACCAAACUAAAUAUAACUCUUCAAUCAUAUUUUCUUCACACAUGUAAUAUAAAUUAUACAUCUCUCAAUUACAUUAUUUUUAAAAACUUAUUUACAAAUAUCAUCUUUAUAAAGGGAAAAGGUUUUUGACAAUGUGGUUUUUACUCUACUGAUAUAGCUCAAUUGUCUUCUUCUUCUUUUUUUAAUAAAAGGCUUAGCUCAAUUGUCUUUCAAUCGCAAAUUGUCUGUACAUGUAUUCAUCAAAUUGAGAUGAUGGAAUUAAAACUUUGUUUCUAAAGUUGAUCUCAUUGUUUUUAACGUAUGCCUAGAGUUAUUUUGAACAAUAGAAUAGAAAAAAAUGUUACUUUAUCCCGUUAAUAUACAAUAUCCCAUUUCUUCACACAUGUUGUAACACUAAAAACUGAAAAGGUAAAAAAUAAACUCAAAUCUAAUAUAAUUAGAAAUGUUUUCUGAAUAAAACUGUAAAUGGAAAAUUUACUUCCUAGUGAGAUCAUUCUUCUCAAAGAUGAAAGGUGAUUUCGUUCACAUAGUUGUUAAAAGGAGGUGCAUUGUCUUCUUAAUAAUAUAAUAGCUAUAUUUCAUGUUACAGUGUCUAUUUUGGUCAUCAACGAUUCAACAUUAUUAUUCCCCAACCCGAUUAGACCCAUAAGAUUAGAUUUUCUUUCUUUGGUGUUUCUCAUUGCGGAUGAAUUUUACAUUAAAAAGUUGAGUAAUUUUUGUUUCCAAUCUAUAUAGACAUUACAUUUUAAUCUCAGAUCUUGGUGUUUAUAGAAAAAAGCAUCCAAUUAACUUUACAUGAGGCAGUUUCUAAUAUGCUUUACCAUGAAUCGUCAACUUAAAACUGAUAUACAAAGUCAGAAACUAACAAAUAGUCAACUGAAAAGGAAACACAGUAUCAAAUGUAUACUACUGCCAAAACAUCAGUAAAAGAAGACUGCAGCAAAAACAUCAGAAGCAAUAGAGUUUAAAGAUAGAUAGAAUAGUUAGAACUCUAAAAUUAUUGACUGUAGAAAAGAAACAAAAAUACAGAGCAGAGUGCAGAAGAAAAUGGCUGUAGGCUUUUCACAAAGGUUUUGCUGCAACAUUCACAAACGUCAACCCAAAUGCUCUGAGACCGAAUAAUUUUUGUUUGAAACCAGGUUGCCUGAUGAAGUGUUUGUACAUAAU